CUUUCAGCUAAUGUGGUCUCUCAGGGCAGGCCUCAGAUGCAGAUGUGUGUGUCUCUGUGGUAGAUGAGCUGACUGUGUAUCAUCACAUAUAUGUGUAAGAGAAAAAAUACUCUUGAUUUAGUUCAGAAAUUAAGAACUUAAAUUUGGAUUAUUACUGUAUAUAUAUUUAAGUAUGCUGAGGUCUCACAAAAUUAGCACCCAGUAUGAUGCCUUUCUGGACCUUUCUGGUUUUCUUCUGGACUGUUACUGAACUCCGAGUAGAGAACUGGGGAGACUGACAGCAGUGAAUAUAGGAUGGGUUGUGCUAGUAGUGACCAGAAGCAUCACAAAGACUCCAGAGAGCAUGACCAUUAUAAUUCAUCAAACUCUAAUGUGAAAAGAGAUCACAGGAAGCAAAACAAUCAAGAUGAAGACAUUGUUAUUGCUCAAUAUGACUUCCAGCCUGCUAGUGACAGUGAUCUUCAGUUCAAAAAAGGCGACAGACUCAAGAUUAUUAAUGAGACUGGGGAAUGGUGGUUGGCGAAGUCCUUGGUCACUGGUUAUGAGGGAUUUAUUCCAUCUGCGUAUGUGGCAAGAGUACACACACUGGAGAUGGAAAGAUGGUUUUUCAAGGACUUGAGUCGCAGAGAAACAGAGCGUCUUCUGCUGGCACCAGGAAACAAACCUGGCUCAUUUCUCGUGAGAGAAAGUGAAACAACCAAAGGUGCUUUCUCUCUGUCUGUAAGAGACUCCACCCCAGAGCAAUGUGAUGUAGUCAAGCAUUAUAAGAUCCGAGCCCUUGAUAAUGGUGGUUACUACAUCUCUCCCUCCACAACCUUUCCAUCUCUUCAAGAACUAAUAAAGUAUUACUCCAGGACAGAUGAUGGUUUGUGCCAGAGGUUAGGAAGUCCCUGUAAAACUGGUGCCCCUCAGAGACCCUGGGCUCAAGAUGAGUGGGAGAUUCCCAGAGAGACUCUGAAGAUGGUGAAAAAACUUGGUGCCGGCCAGUUUGGAGAAGUAUGGAUGGGGUAUUACAAAAACAACCAGAAAGUUGCCAUCAAGACUCUGAAGGAAGGCACCAUGGAGCCAGAGGCAUUCCUACAGGAGGCUAACCUGAUGAAACAGCUCCAGCAUGAUAGACUGGUGAAACUGCAUGCUGUCGUCACUAAAGAACCCAUCUAUAUCGUCACAGAAUACAUGGCUAAUGGAAGCUUGUUAGACUUUCUGAAGACGGAUGAUGGCCAUAAAUUAAAACUUCCCAAGCUGAUUGACAUGGCUGCACAAAUUUCAGAAGGAAUGGCUUUCAUAGAAAGGAAAAAUUACAUUCACAGAGACCUGCGUGCCGCUAAUAUUCUAGUCUCUGACACCCUGCACUGUAAGAUUGCAGACUUUGGCCUUGCCCGGAUCAUAGAAACUGAAUACACUGCACAAGAAGGUGCAAAGUUCCCAAUUAAAUGGACGGCCCCUGAGGCCAUCAACUUCGGUACUUUCACCAUCAAGUCAGACGUGUGGUCCUUUGGAAUUCUUUUGACAGAGAUUGUCACAUACGGCAGAGUGCCAUAUCCAGGCAUGACGAAUCCAGAGGUGAUCCGCAACCUUGACAGGGACUACAGGAUGCCGUGUCCAGAUGGAUGUCCAGAAGAGCUCUAUGACAUCAUGCUGAAGUGCUGGAAGGAAAGGCCAGAGGACAGACCCACUUUUGAUCACCUACAGGAUAUACUCAAUGACUUUUUCAUUGCUACUGAGGGCCAGUACGAAAUGCAACCAUAACCUCAAUGCAGAACCAAAAAAUGAACUGAAAAAGAGGAUGUAUAAAAACAUACGGAAUGAAAGGAUGGACUAAACUCUGGACAAAAAUAUGGAGUAUGGGGAAAAGCAACAAUAAUGCAUCCUUGUAUAUAAGUUCAUAUUUUUUUUACACUUACUGUGUCACUUAUGUCAAGGUUUAGUGAAUUUCUAUAAUUUGUUUUGUCUUGUGGGGUUCUUAGGGUAUUUCAUAAUUAUUUAAAGAUGAAGCGUGUACUUUUUUCAAUAAGAUAAUUUCUUCCAUCGCAGCUUAAUAUGCAGACAGCUGCGUGCAUUCCAUUUGUGUGAUUGCUCGGAAACACGUGGUGCUUUCAGAACAUUGCUCUUUUAGUUUGAGCAUUUGACCAGCCCAGCACAACAUCAUUGGCCUAACCAAUUUUAUGAGAUUGGGGUGGAGCAAUCUGUUUAUCCCACCAAUUGGAAGACAGGGUGAGUGUUUUCCCAGUUAUUAUUUAUGCAAUUAAAUCAUUACACACUUAAAUUCUCCUAUAAAGCUUUUGGAAAAUGUAGAUAUUUGGGAUGUGCACGAAUAGUCGAACAUUCGAAUAUUCGGUCUGUAAUUUUUAUUCGAA